AUGAGCGGAAAAAUUCAGCCAGUGUCAGGAGCCAAGCCUCUCUCCAUGUGGCAGCAAUAUGGUCCUUCAGAGAAGACGGUGCGUGGAAUUGUCAUCGGAGGUAUCACCGGAGGUAUCGAAAUCUGCAUCACAUUUCCUACUGAAUACGUCAAGACUCAACUCCAACUCGAUGAGCGAUCUUCAACACCAAAGUUCAAAGGACCAAUUGACUGUGUGAAGCAAACCGUGAAAGGACAUGGAUUCUUUGGACUCUACAGGGGUCUUUCUGUUCUCCUAUACGGAUCAAUCCCGAAAUCUUCUUUCAGAUUCGGAACAUUCGAAUACCUCAAGUCCCAGGCAGCCGAUGAACGAGGAAACCUCUCCCCGGUGAUGCGUCUUCUUUGUGGUUUGGGAGCUGGUCUCUCUGAAGCCGUUUUCGCAGUCACACCAAUGGAGACUGUCAAAGUGAAAUUCAUUCACGAUCAAGGACUUGCCCAGCCAAAGUACAAAGGAUUUGUUCAUGGAGUCGGCUGUAUUGUAAAGGCAGAAGGACUUGGAGGAAUCUAUAAAGGAGUGACUGCCACAAUGGCAAAGCAGGGAUCUAACCAGGCCAUCCGCUUCUUUGUGAUGGAGACCCUCAAGGAUUGGUACCGUGGAGGAGACAACACUCAAACGAUCUCGAAACCAAUUGUUGGCCUGAUGGGAGCAGUCGCCGGAGCAGCCUCCGUUUACGGAAACACCCCAAUUGACGUGGUCAAGACCAGAAUGCAAGGUCUCGAAGCUAAGAAGUACAAAAACACUCUGGAUUGUGCUAUGCAAAUUUGGAAGAAGGAAGGAUUCUUUGCCUUCUACAAGGGCACAGUUCCACGUCUUUCCCGUGUCUGUCUUGAUGUGGGAAUAACCUUCAUGAUCUAUGAUUCGAUCAUAGAGUUCCUCGAUCAUUAUUGGAAGAAACAAUAA